AUGGUCAAGGGCUCCCAGCUGUCCCAGCUAAAGGCUGCUCUCUCAAAUUCUGGAAUUACAGGCUCUGGUCACAGCAAGAAGAGGAAACGCGCUGCACCACUAGAAAAGGACAAGGAGAAAAGAGCAGCGAAACUCGAAGAGAUCCAUCGACGGCUCAACCCUUUCGACGUCAAGGUCACGAAAUUGAAACAUGAUGUUGGUGGACGGAGGCUGAAAGGCAUAACUGGGAAGCCUGCUCAAAGCAAGCAAGCGGGCAUCGAGCAGCGAAAGAAAUCUCUAUUAAAGGAGUGGGAAGAGAAGGAUCGUGCCGGCGGAAUUGUCGACAAACGAUUUGGUGAAAAUGAUCCUACUAUGAGCCUGGAAGACCGUAUGUUAGAGCGAUUCACGAAGGAAAGGCAGCGCGCGUCCAAAGGAACCACCUUCAACCUCGAGGAUGAAGACGAUCUGACUCAUUACGGCCAGAGUCUAUCUAAGCUCGACGAUUUCGACAACGCUGGACUCGGAUUGGGCAGCGACGAAGAGGGAGAAACUUCAGGACAAAUUGGACGAGAUCUUGUCAGCAAAACUCAUUUUGGUGGGUUUGGAGACGAAGACGUGGAUGAAGACGAGGAAGAAGGGCCUGCCCGCAAGAAGUCGAAAGCUGAAGUUAUGGCCGAGGUCGUUGCAAAGAGCAAGGAACAUAAGAUGCUUCGCCAACUUGAACGCGAUCGAAAUGAUAAUGUGCGGCAUGAACUCGACGACCAAUUUGCUACUCUGCGGGAAUUGAUUUAUGCCCCCGACCCCUCGUCAAGUGGCAGUAACUCAAUACCUCUGGGUGUACGCGAACCAGCCGUAGGAUCACCGUCCGAAGAUGCGACAGAUUCCGUCGUCGCGAAACUGUUGCCCGAAGGCGACGAAUAUGAUCAACACGUCCGGGAACUGGCGUUCGAUAAACGUUCAAAACCGAAAGACAGAACAAAGACAGAAGAAGAGCUCGCAUUGGAGGCGAAGGAGACACUAGAAAAGGCCGAACGGAAACGGAGACGACGCAUGCUAGGUUUGGAUGGGAGUGAUAGUGAAGGUGAGACGGGCAAGCCGCGAGGCAAACGGAAACGAGGAGCAGACGACUUGGAGGAUGACUUUAAUGGCGAGCUGGGCGAGUAUGAUGGCCUGGAGCUUGGUGCAGGGUUGGAAGAGAAGGUUGAAGAUUCAGGAGAAGGGGAUGAGGAGGGUUCAAAUGAGGAUGAAGAGAAUCCAGAUGAAGGACCUGAGGAAGACGAAGACGGCGGGGAGAGCGGAGAUGAGGAAUCGGAUGAUUCGGAACGCGAAGAGGGAGAACACGAACAACUCGUUGCUACAUUCAAAGCCUCAAAGGGCAAGUCUCAAGGCAAGAAACUGGCCAAGCAAGAGCUCCCCUUCACAUUUCCUUGCCCCGAGACCCACGAGGAGUUUCUGGACAUCGUGGAAAACGUGGACGAUGAAGACGUGCCAACAGUUGUUCAACGAAUACGUGCGCUCCACCACACAAGCUUGGCUGCCGACAAUAAAUUCAAACUUCAAAAUCUGGUAACCGUGCUCAUCGACCACAUCCUCUAUAUAUCAUCUCCCCCUACUCCUCGCUAUAGUCUUAUUUCCUCACUAUUCCCCCAUCUCCUUGCAAUCACUCGCGCAUAUCCAAUACCAGCGGCACAACAUUUUAACGAAAAACUCUUGCUGAUGCACAAGAACCUGAAGCGUGGUAUCUCGCGAGGCUCUCUGUCACCAGAGACGAAAACAUGGCCUGGAUCCUCCGAGCUAUCCCUGUUCCGUGUAAUUGGUCUCAUUUGGCCGACAAGUGAUCUCAAUCAUGCAGUUGUUUCUCCAACGCGAAUCCUAUUAGGCGCCUAUCUCAGCCUAUGUCGUGUCAGAUCGUUGCAGGAUAUAGCCUGCGGUCUAUUCGUGUCCACUCUUUUCCUUCAAUACGAGACGCUGUCGAAACGGCUGGUCCCAGAAGCGAUCAACUUUCUAGUGAAUGCCGUUCUGCAUCUCGCUCCGCAUGGAUACGAAGAUGUAGCCUCAAUACCAGGCUCAUUCCCAUCGCCCGACUUCAAAUCGGAACUUUGUCGCCCGCUUUCAAUGAAGGCUAAGGCGAUAAAAUACCUUGUUUCUCGGAAGGCCGAGCUAUCUUCCCUCAUGAACGCGGAUGACGAUGACGAACAGGCCAAAGCCGACCUUCUUUCGCUUUCUUUUGACCUUCUCGGCCUAUACGCUGAUUUGUACAAGGGGAUCGAGGGAUUUAUUGAACUGUAUGAACCUAUACUAGCAAUCUUGGAUGCCAUCGAAACCAAAUAUCUUCUCGAGCAACACAAUACUCGAUUGUCCAAGCUGACAGACUCUCUUCGCCGUUUGCUGAAGUUCUUUCACCAGGCACGCAAGCCCCUCCUUCUCCAAGCACAUAAGCCCAUCCCUAUCCCCACAUAUAUACCGAAGUUCGAGACUUCUAACUCGAGUUAUCUACGCCGGCAAGACCCCGACCACGAGAAGAACCAGACCGCGAAACUGCGGAAUCAGUACAAGCAAGAGAAGAAGGGUGCCAUCAGAGAACUUCGGAAGGACGCGCGGUUCCUGGCGAGUGUGGAGCAGAAGAAACAGGUUGAGAAGGAUCGGGCGUAUAAUGAGCGCAUGCGGAGGGUAUUCGGGUCCAUUGAAGGCGAGAGGGCGGAGGAAAAAGCAAUGGAAAGAGAAAAGUCUAAGGAGAAGAGAAGGGCAGGUCGAAAAUAG